AUUUGUUUACAUUGCUGUUCUGGUGCAAAUUGUACAGAAAUGUUCGAUCACACUAUUGCAGAGGCGUGCAUUAAAAAGGAUUGUGUGCAAAACUUCUGGAAAGCAAUCGAUAUUUACCUGUUCAAAACGCACGUAGUUAACAAAAAGCUGUUUGGUGUUAAAAAUGUUGCAAUUGUACCAUUCACAAACGGUUCCACAUCGGUGAUACCGUGGAACAACAUACUGGAUCUACUGAUUGAAACUAACCUGGACGUUUUUGAGGAUGAAACUCGGAAGAUUCUCGUAAAUCAAGGAUGUAAAAUACAGGAAGGCUCACCAGCAAAUAACUCCGUCGAUCAGCUGUCGCAAUAUGAUCAUGAAGGGGUGAUUGUUUUAAAUCGUUUACUUCCAAAAAACAUCAGUGUCUUUCAUCCAAUCGAUGUUGUAUGUUUGAUCGAUUUUAGUUCGUACCGUGUGCAAUUACAAUGCCUUCAGAAGGACAAGGUUACCAGUUUGUUUCCAACGUUUCGUUUCUCGCUAGAAGUUUCGCACGAAGUGCUUUCAAUCCGUUGCCGAUCUAGCGAUACCACUGACGAUCGAUCGAUUUAUUGGCUGCGGGAAGUUCUACUGGAGCGGAUGCAGAAAUGGAUAGAGACGAACAUUCCCACUGAUUCGACUGGCACAAGUACCGCAUCGAUUCGAUCACUUGCUCUUGUAGAUAAUUUGGAGGAGUACAAUUGUCUUUUCAACGAACUCAAACAAAAGUACGGUCUGUCGAUGGUAUCCAUCUGGCCGGAGUGUACCGAUCCUCAGAAAUUUGUCUAUGAAGACAUCGCAAUUGCAGCGUAUUUGCUUAUGCUGUGGAAAAAAGAGCGUUCUGACAACGGGAUCGACAAGCUUCAGUCGUUCGUGGACAUUGGGUGCGGAAACGGAUUGCUGGUGUACAUCCUCGCAUCUGAAGGACAUCGAGGAUAUGGUAUUGAUUUGAGAAAACGCAAACUGUGGGAUCUUUACCCGGCCGAACCGAAAAUUGAUUUGCGCGUCGAAACGAUCGUACCUUCGAAUGCUUCCCUAUUUCCCACCAUCGAUUGGAUCAUUGGAAAUCAUUCGGAUGAGCUAUCACCCUGGAUUCCAGUCAUUGCAGCACGUAGCUCGUACAGAUCUAGAUUCUUCCUUCUUCCCUGUUGCGCUUACGAGUUCGAUGGACGUAAGUACCAGCGACAAAACGGUGCUCUUAGCCAGUAUGGAGACUUUUUAAAUUACGCUGCCGAAAUAGCACGCGUCUGCGGGUUUCACGUGGAAUCGGAUCGUUUACGAAUACCCAGCACCAAACGAACGUGCCUAGUGGGCAAUAAAAGAAUGUACCCUGAAACGGAACAUGAACGCCACGACGAAACAAUAAAAGCAUUCAUCAACGAACGGUCGAAGGGAGUGAAAAUGGAAGGGACACUGGCACUAAAUGGAACGGAAGACAGUUGGUCGGCCAAUUUCAAACCUAGGGAAACCGUUGAGAAGGUACGAAACUGUACGAAAAUUGAUCGAUCCGUGGUGGAAAAGAUCGUGGCAAUUGUGUUCGAGCAGCUACUUGCAAAGCGACGUAUUCCUGAAGAAUUCUUCUCGCGUAAUUGGAAUGCUGGUGGAACGAUAACGCUUGAAGCACUGGUAAAAGCGAUACCGCAGGAAUUGCUAGUCGCCCUAAAGGCUGAGUGUGGUGGGUUGCAAACGUUGCUGCGGAACAAUCAUCAAAUUUUCCGAGUGGAGAAAGGAGCAGUACAGAUUCGCAUUCCGACGAAAGUAUCGGACGCGAUGGAUGAGGCGGUUGUGAGGAAAAUGAAGAAGGUGAAGAAUUUUAAACCGAUCAACUUCAAGCAGCGGGUAUGUUGGUUUAUCACCAAUCAUCCCGACGGAUGCCCGCUGUUGGAGAGUGAAUGUAAAUUUAACCAUGGAAGCUGA